AUGGCAUUAAGCGUGUCUUUAGUAGCCCUUGGGCUUAUGGCUCUGGUUGGGCAGAGUGCUGCCCAUGAAGACUGCAAAUGUGUCCCGAAUGAAGGAUGCUGGCCCACGUUAACCGAUUGGGCCGAGUUGAAUGAUGCUGUCUCGGGAAAGCUGAUCCGAAACGCACCCGUUGCUGAGCCUUGCUACUAUGGAGACGACGACGACCAGAAGUUGUGUGAUACUAUCGUCGACCAAUGGUCGAAUUCUACCUUUCAGUCUCUUCAGCCAACAGGAUAUUGUUAUCCGCUUGACUACGCCUGUCCUGUUGUUUCGGCACCGACAGGCACACCACAGGCGGAAUGUGACCUCGGUCCAGCGCCGGUGUAUACCAUUAAUGCCACCGAGCCAGAAGAUGUGGCGGAAGGAAUCCAAUUUGCCAAAACGCAUAACCUGAGACUUGUGAUCAGGAAUACCGGUCACGACCUGCUUGGAAGAUCCCAGGGAUACAGCAGCUUACAAAUCUGGCUGAAGUAUAUCCAAGAGGGUAUUGAAUACCACGAGAAAUACCAGUCUCCCAGCCAAUGCCAACACACUAGGUGGUCGGGAAGCGCAUUCACUGUUCGAGGAGGUUAUCUUUGGGGUGAUCUCUACGCUGCUGCUUUUGAGCGAGAUUUGAUAGUUGUCGGAGGUCAGGAUCCAACGGUCGGCGUCCUGGGCGGCUAUCUACAGGGUGGAGGCCACUCUCCUGCCAGUCGCGACUUCGGUCUUGCUGUCGACCAAGUCCUAGAACUGAAGGUCGUCCUAGCAUCUGGUGAGCUCGUAACGGCCAAUGCCUGUGAGAACAGAGAUCUAUUCUUCGCUCUGCGCGGGGGUGGGGGUGGAACAUACGCAGUAGUAGUGUCAGCCACGCUGAAGGCACAUCCGUCCCGGCCAGCCAUUACACAUACUCUCGUGGUCUACCCAUUACCCAGCCGCAAGGACCCAUUAGCUGCUACCAUGGCACUGAUCGACGUGGUUGCGGAAAUCCUUUCCGCCUAUCCCGCCUUAUCCGAUGGCGGCUUUUCAGGGUACGGCGGAUGGGGUAUUAACAAAGUGGAUUCUCCAAUUGCGACAGCCCCGACACCAGUUAUGGAGAACGGGGGUUACUCUCAUGCCUUCGCAAAGCUGGACGACAGUGAUGAUGCCUUGGACGAGGCGCAACGAUUCGUCUCUGCAACGCUUAUGCAGCGGCUACAGAAAUACAAUGGGUCUGAGAUCAUGAUAUCCGAGAGCUGGGAGCGUUAUUCAUCAUUUGGGGACUAUUAUACGGCAGCGACGAGGGCUGAGCAACAGGUUGGAUUUAGCAAGAUGACAGCCACAUCACGUCUUCUCGACAAGGCGUCUCUCACGGGCGACAUGGCACAACUUAAGGAGAUGCUGCGUAUCACCUCCACAAACUCACCUGAUGUUCCGGACAAGGCAACUAUAUGGACCAUGCUCUUUCUCGUCGGUGGAGGAAAGGUCCUUGAUAUCCCCACUGAUCCUUCCACAGAUCGCUACGUUGGAGUCCACCCCGCGUGGCGCAAAACUUAUCUCCUUGCGGUCCCAACAUCGAUAUUGCCCGAAGAUGCAGACGACAGGUCUCUGAAAAGGAUGCAGCAUGAUACCACUUACAGAAAGACCGACGCAUUGAGGGCGUUGGCCCCGAACACGGGUAGUUACCUAAAUGAUGGAGACAGACACAAUCCUUGGUGGCAGACCGACUUUUUCGGUGACAAUUAUCCUCGGUUGCGGGCCAUUAAGGAUAAAUACGACCCGGACCAUGUGUUUUACUGCCCCACCUGCGUAGGGAGCGAGGAAUGGACGGAGAUUCCGCUGGAGGGUAAGGUGUAUGGCGCUUUGUGUCGGGCUUGA